AUGGCAAUCCCUUACCUUGAGCUGCGUGCCACGCUGCUUGCUGCGAAACUGCUGGGUUUGGUCGUCAGUGAGUGGAACAUCUCUAUUAAGCACUGCUACGCUUGGUGCGACUCCCAAGUCGUUCUACGCUGGCUCCGCUCCGCCAAGCCGAUCAACCACGCUCUCGUCGAAAACUACGUCGCCCACAUCCAGGGGGUACUGCCACCGCACAUCUGGUGCAAUGUGCCUACUCAUGACAAUCCUGCCGAUGUGGCGUCUCGGGGCACCGAUGCCCAGACUCUACACCGCCAGCAGACAUGGUGGACUGACCCUUCCUGGCUGUUCGAAGGCCCUGAUCGUUGGCCCCAAGAGCCCUCCGAGCCGCCACAGCCCUUACCUCCUCGCCUCUGCAGCGUCAGGCAAAAGGUCGAGUUCGACCUUCUCCAACUGUUCUCCGAUCUAGGCGUCCUCCUGCGCACCCUCACCCACCUGCGUCGGUGGGCGAGACUCCAUCUCGGCCAAGCCCCUACACUACCGAUGCUCUCAGCACCGACGGCUACCGAGUUGACCGAAGCCUACCUCGCUUGCAUGCGCUUGAGCCAGCAGCGCGCCUUCUCUAAUAAAUUUGCACUGCUUUACACGAGCCACGCCCUUCUUAAGUGGCACCCACUGACAUCGCUCGCAGCCUUUGUCCAUACAGACGGCGUUCUGCGUGUGGGCAGUCCCCUCCAGCACGCUAAGAUGACCUUCUCCGAGCGACACCCACCCAUCCUUGAUGGCGUUUGCCCUCUUGCCACGCUUACGAUCGCAUGGGCCCAUAACCGAGCGCUCCACGGGGGCUUUUGCACGACCAGCGCGUAUACCGUCAAGCGUGCUUGGAUCAUCGGUGGCUCCGGAAAGUCAAGGCUUUCCUACGCAGUUGCGUUACUUGUGCUCGCCUCCAAGCCCGAUCAGCUAUCCAGUUGA